AUGGGAAACAUACCUGAAAAUGUCAAGGGGGCAGUGGACGUAGAUCCUUGGCUCGAACCUUUCGCAGAAGUUCUCUCUGAAAGAAGAUAUCUGGCAGACCGCUGGCUGCACGAAAUCAAGCACAGCACGGUCGACAACUCGCAACAGUCGCUGGCCGACUUUGCCCGGACUUCAUACAAAAAUUACGGGUUGCACGCCGAUCCUGCUACGAAGCAGAUCACGUACCGGGAAUGGGCGCCCAACGCGCAGCAGGCUUUUUUGGUGGGUGAAUUCAAUAAUUGGUCCACCAGCUCGCACGAACUCAAAAAGGACCAGUACGGCGUGUUCUCGACCACGCUCCCCGCGUCUGCAUCGGGCGACUAUGCGAUCCCACACGACUCCAAGCUAAAGGUUUUGCUCGUCUUGCCCGAUGGUUCUCAUGCAUACCGUCUACCCGCGUACAUCACAAGGGCCACACAGCCCGAUAAGGAAACAGCCCGGCAAUUUGGGCCCAGCUACGAGGCUCGGUUUUGGAAUCCAGCUGUUCAGUACCAAUUCAAGAACAAGAGACCGUCUUUCGAGAGAAAAUCGGACUCGCUGAGAAUAUACGAGGCACACGUAGGAAUCUCAUCGCCAGAGCCAAAAGUCGCGUCUUAUAAAGAGUUCACACGCAACAUUUUGCCACGGAUCCGCGAUCUGGGCUACGAUGCCAUCCAGCUAAUGGCCAUUAUGGAGCAUGCCUACUACGCCUCGUUCGGAUACCAGGUGACCAAUUUCUUUGCCAUCAGUUCUCGGUAUGGUACCCCAGAGGAAUUGAAAGAGCUUGUCGACGAGGCUCACAAAAUGGGCCUUUUAGUGCUGUUGGACGUGGUCCACAGUCAUGCGUCCAAAAAUGUCGAAGAUGGUCUCAAUAAAUUCGACGGAAGUGACCACCAGUAUUUCCACUCGCUCCAGUCUGGGCGGGGCGAGCAUCCGCUAUGGGACUCGCGUCUGUUCAACUAUGGAUCAUUUGAAGUUCUAAGGUUUUUGUUGAGCAACUUGGCUUUCUACAUUGAUGUAUACCAAUUUGACGGGUUCAGAUUUGAUGGUGUCACGUCAAUGCUAUAUAAUCACCACGGAGUCGGCGCUGGCGGCGCUUUUAGCGGUGACUAUAGCGAGUAUGUGUCGCGGGAGAGGUCCAAUGUUGAUCAUGAGGCACUUGCCUACUUAAUGCUAGCCAACGACCUUGUGCACGAAAUUUUGCCAGAAAAUGGCAUCACAAUAGCAGAAGACGUAUCCGGUUAUCCGACUCUGUGCUUGCCUCGUCACACUGGUGGUGUAGGUUUUGACUAUAGGCUGGCCAUGGCUUUGCCGGAUAUGUGGAUCAAAUUGCUUAAGGAAAAGAGCGAUGACGACUGGGAUAUCGGUCACAUCGUGCACAAUUUGACAAACAGGCGUUAUGGCGAAAAAGUUGUGGCGUAUGCGGAAUCCCACGAUCAAGCGCUGGUAGGCGACAAGACUCUAGCAUUUUGGCUUAUGGAUGCAGCCAUGUACACUGACAUGACUGUUUUGAAACCUCUCACCCCAAUUGUGGACCGCGGUAUAGCGCUGCACAAACUCAUUCGCCUCAUCACACACUCAUUGGGCGGAGAGGCGUAUUUGAACUUUGAAGGCAAUGAAUUUGGCCAUCCGGAAUGGCUGGAUUUCCCCAAUAAAAAUAAUAACGACAGCUACCAUUAUGCCCGUCGUCAGUUCAAUCUCAUCGAGGACAACUUGUUGCGGUAUCAACACAUGUACAAUUUUGACAGAGCCAUGCAAGAAUGCGAGAGCAAGUAUAAAUGGCUCAACACACCACAGGCUUACGUCUCACUAAAACAUGAAGUUGACAAGGUCAUUGCGUUUGAACGUAACGGGCUCUUGUUCAUUUUUAACUUCCAUCCAUCGCAAAGUUUUGCCGACUACCGGAUUGGUGUUGAUACGCCAGGUUGCUACCAGAUUGUUUUAAAUAGUGAUCGCGGCGAGUUUGGUGGGCACGAUCGUAUUGACGAGAAAGUGUCCGAAUUUUUCACAACGGACUUGCGCUGGAAUGAGCGUAGCAAUUACAUCCAGGUUUACGUUCCCACAAGGACGGUGCUGGUUUUGGCGCUUUCUUCCUGA